AUCGAAAGAAAUUCUCCACCAAAUUAAUAUUUCGUCAGGUUUACAACAACAAACAUUCUCUGCAACACCAUUUUUAAAAUCUAUUUUAUUGCAAUGACAUGAGCAUUUAACUGAAACUCUAUUUAACGCAAAAUGUCUUUUGGUGGCGGAAGAGGCGCCAGAAAGCCACUGCCUCCAGGCUCGGAAUUCAACUGGCAAAAACUGCCUGGAGAACUUCCUGAUGGCGCCCCUACUCCUACAUUCCCACCAUAUGACACCCCCAAAGCCGAACCGUUAUCAAAACGUGAACGAGCCGAAGUUGACCAGUAUCGAGCGCUCAGAGAUCAUUUCCAAAACGGGCCUUAUUAUGCGGCUGUAAAUGCUGCCAGUACUUCUGCUAAGCAGGGGACCAAAGAGAGAGCGCAAUUCGAUCCGUUUCAUGGCAUGCCAUCGUACAGUGCUCGAUAUCAGAAAAGGAAAAGGACUGUGCCGAAGAUAGCUGGGAGAGAAUAUAUCGUACAUUUUUUCCCUCGAGAAUUGUGGCGCGUCGUACGGCCGGAUUACAAACCGGAUAGACCGGACACUCAGACAACGGGCACACGAUGGAAGCGAGUACAGGCCCAAUUUGAGGAUGUCGGAGACGAGGAUGUUGAAGAAGAUGAACAAGACCGCAAGCGACAGAAAGAGGAAGGUGAUGACGAGGAAGAGACUCAAGACGACGAUGGUAAAGACCUCGACGACGACGUUGAAAAGGAAGGAAGUGAAGAAGAUGACGAAUUACGAGAUGAUGAUUUCUCCGAGGACGACGACGAGAUGGGCGGUGAUUACAAUGCGGAACAGUACUUUGAUGCCGGUGACGAUGAUGGGGAUGGGGAUGGCUUUGCUGAUGGUGGCGGUGGAGGAGGAGAUGAAGAUUUCUUCUAGUAGCAAGCUGCGUUUCCUUUGCUACAAUAUCUUUGUGUAUAUAGGAUACCCAAGCGACGGCAUACAAUUCAUGGAGCGUUCAAGUGUAUAUCAAAUCUUGUUCGUGCAUGGCAUUGCGAUGCCCACGUAAAUUGACCAGCUUACAACU